AGCAAUCUUCACCACAGACUUUUUGGGAAGAACGAGGAUGAGAGGGUGGCGGUUGAGAGUGGAAACUUUCUUGGUUUGAAGGGGUAGGGUGGACUAGUCCUGUCCUGGAACAAUCCAAUAUUCAAAGAAAUUCUAUUUGCAGCCUAUAUUAUGAAGCACUAAGAAGCUGGGAUUGGUAUGUUGAAGGUAAAUUUUAUAAAUCGUUUAUAAAGGGUGAAUGAGUGAAGUCUUAGUAAAUAGUUAAUCAAGGGUUGAAUGUAAUAAGUCAAUAUGAUCCUUAACCAUGGCUAGCCCUGUUCAAUUAGCCCGACCCUGCCAUGCCACACCUGUGCAGGCUGUAGGAUUUUUAAGAAGGGAUGAAGCCAGCAAAGGUGGGCCUAUCAAAAAGAGCUACAGGGGCGUGGCAAGGCAAGGCCAGGCUCCAGGAAGGCAGCCCUGGGGGCCAGUGUUCCUGAAGAGGACCAAGGAGAGGAAGAAGUGGAGUGACCGGAAAGUGAAAAAACAAGAUGCCCCAACACCUUGUGAACGUCGUUGUUGUAAGGAGGGGCCGAUUAGAAAUGGCCAUGUUGGGCAGCGGCCACCAUCCAUCAACCCCGAGAGACUGAAAGAUUUUGGGGAGGAGGAUUACCUGAAUGGUGACGUGAAGACUUGGGAAAUGAAGAUCGUGAGCCGUAAUGAGGAAUUGCUCAGAGAUGCCCUUGUCCCAGUCACUCAGCCAAACAGUAGAAGCAGCCAGCCAACCUCUAAUAAGCUGAUUCGAUUUGAAGAUAUUAGUGCUGCAGCUUUCAAAAUCCAGAGUGGUGUCCAGAAAACCCCCUGCAUGUAUUCUAGACUUUCAAAGCAAUAUGGAAUGGAUAUCUAUCUAAAGAAAGAGUUCCUUCAGUACACAGGAUCUGUAAAGGAGCGAGGUGUGCUUUACCUGCUAACAUCUCUACAGCAGGAGCAGCAGAAAAAGGGUGUGAUAGUGGCUUCUGACAGUAACUUUUCCAUGGCAGUAGCAUACCAUGCCUCAGAACUCCGCAUUCCAGUAUUUGUCAUCAUGUCUACCAGCACUUCACCAGCCAGAGUGAAAAUGUGCCGUGAGUAUGGUGCCUUGGUGAUCUCCUAUGGCACUACCGCCAAGGAUUCCCAGAUCCAUGCAAGGAGGCUGGCCCAAGAGAAUGGCUAUCUAUACCUCGAAGAGGAGGAUAGUGCUAUAUACCUGUCAGGGCUGGGUACCAUGGGAUUGGAGAUAUAUGAACAAGUGCCAAAGCUGGAUGCAGUGAUUUUUCCUGCAGGAGGCCACUGUGGAUUGCUAGCAGGAUCAGCUGCUGCCCUCAAACAUCUCAACCCACACAUUGCUGUGAUUGGUGUUGAAUCGGAGAGUUUCCCUGUGUUACAACAAUCAUUAAAGAUAGGCCAUCCUAUUGAAGACCAGGCCUGUAGCAACCAUCAGUUUUAUGGAGAUGUGAGUGGACCUUGCUUUGGUACCAAUUCUUUGCAGUUGACUGGGAAGCUUGUAGACAAGGUUGUUACCGUGAGGGAAGAGGACAUUCUAAUUUCCAUGCUGCGGUUGCUGGAGUUUGAGAGAGCCACGGUGGAUGCGGAAGGGGCUAUUGGACUUGCAGCCUUAAUUGCUGGGAAGCUGCCAGAGUUAAAGAGUAAAAGAGUGGCAAUCACUGUAUGCAGUGGCAACUUGGAGCUACCUUUGAUGAGACAGUGCAUAGAUCGUGCCCUGACCCUUGACAACAGAGUCUGCAAAUUUUCCCUCCUUCUCUCUGAUUGUCCAGGAGCUAUUUCAAAGCUACUGGAGAUACUGACUCGGGAGGAAGUGAGGGUGCUGGACAUCAAACAAGAACACAUGUUUGUGAUAUCUGAUCUCUUCACUAUUAAGGUCACCUGCAUUAUAGAGACUAGAGACAAAAUCCACACGGCACAACUCAGAAAUGCUCUCCUGGAACGCUACCCGACAAUGAUGUGGAUGGAACGGUGAUGAGAAAAGCGCAAUCGAAAAUGCUGAGGUUCUUUAACCAACACAUUAUGGAAAGCUAAACUUGAGGCACUAAUAACAAAAUAUGCAUAAAUCUUUCCAAACUGAA